CCUACGUUGGUGCAACAUUGGUUGAUUCAUCAUGGCUUCCAUGGCGUGGCGAGCUUUGCCAGCUGCUUGUAUGGCAUCCGUCGUGCAACGAAAGUUUUCCUGCAGAGCCGAGUCAAAGGACAGCCAGGACAGCUGGAAACCGCAAAUAACUUGUUUUGGAGAAGCUAUGCUGCGCUAUGUGCCUGACCCUGAAGGAGGUGAACAGAGUCCGUUUGCUGCAAAGUGGCUUCGGAGUGUUGGUGGUGCUGAGCUGAACAUCACCGUCGCCCUUUCAAAACUAGGCUGGGGUGGCCGUUCCAGAUGGGUAUCAGUGGUACCACAGGGCGUUCUAGGUGACGACUUCUUGAAUGUUCUUAGGAAGGCCUACCCAAAUGGAGGUCUGGAGAACUUGGAGCUGGUUCGCCGUGAGGCGGGAGAUGUCGGCAUCUACCAUGUGUGGCCUGCAGAGCACAAGAUUUGGUUUCAACGGCACCGCUCUAUUUUUGGUCUGAUGAACCCGAAUUGGUUCAGCCGGGAUUUCUGGCAAUUGCUGCUCAAGGAAGGGGCGUCAACUGGCGCUCCCCAAGUUCUGCAUGUCACCGGAAUUACUCCGCUGAUUUCAGUGAAUACUCGAGCAGCUUGGAAUCAUGCUCUUGAAGCUGCAAUGUUGGUAAAGGAGGAGGGCAAAUCGGGCAAAUCGCUGGUGGUAACCAUGGAUUUGAACCACCGCCCAGCUUUGGGACCAUGGAGGGAUCUUUGGAAUAUGGCUGAGCCCCAUCUCCAGACGUUGGAUCUCCUGGUCUUUUCAAUCGGGGAUGUCAUUCAGGUUGGAGAGACUUUUGGCGAGAACUUUGCAGCAGAAUUCAAGGCUUUGCGGGAAGAGUCGCCCGGUCGCUCUGGUGCUGCUCGCCUGGAUGUACUUGUGCGAAAGAGUAUGGCCAAGUUGCAAGCAUACCUGGGCUUCCGCACGAACAUUGCGGUUACGUGCAAGGUGCGUGACCACAUGCCCGGCAAAUUGCCGCAGCAACUUAGAUGGUCUGUGGUUUGCAAGAAGGGUAAGUCAGCGACCCUGGAUGGGGCCAUGAUUUCAACCUUCGACACGGCAGUUCCCCAGCAAGUGAAGGAGGAGAUUGGUGGAGGAGACUCGUGGCUCUCUGGUGUGAUCGAUGGGCUUGUUGGCUGCCCUGAAGCAGGGGUAGCUGCACCAAACUGGUCUGAGAACAUGUGGCUUCGAGCUAUGCAGCGUGGCGACAUGCUUGCAGUACUGAAGCAGCAGGUCCUGGGUGAUUUCUCCAACGUGGAACGCCCCGUCUUAGAAGCUGCGCUUGCCGCCCACCACCGCUAAAUUGUUUUGCAAUGCGGCCAUGGAGCCGCCAAAGAGAGCUUCAUUUGACAAAGCAAACAACUUGGAUGAACCUGGAUGCGAGGGGAAAGGAAGACAGGAGUGCCUUCUAUGAUUUCUAUGGGCUUUAGGUGCCUUCAGCUCGCUGGCCGGCCAUCUCACCUGGCCCUAACAAAGACCUUUGUGCACUCCAAU